AUGAGGUUCCUAUCCACCAUCUUUAGCGCUGUGUUACUCCUAAUUUCUGUCGCCAAUGCCUCCUUCUCGACCGACAUCCUGUAUUGGCCCUUAGAGUCGCCACAACCGUCCGUCCUCGCGAGCAUCUCCUACGACCCAACCUCAUUGAAAUCGGACGUGGUCUCAUAUCACCCCCCAAAAGAUGACCAGCGCGAUAAUCUCGUGCGUGUUGGUCUCUACACUUCAACCUCCCCAAACAAAAAGCAAUGGGUUGGCAGUCUCGUGUCGUUGUCCUCUUUAACGGCCAGUGAGCAACCAACGUUUCGUCUUCAUCUCGGCCCAACCAACGAAGUCUACACUGUCUCCCUGUCUGCAUCUACUAGCGCUCAGGGCUCAACAUCGAGUCCUCAAAUUGAACUUGUCUCGAACGAAUCCGGGACGCAGCCUCACCUGAACAGGCCAGUGAUUGUUGGGCCCGAUGGCCAAAACCCAGAGCAACCUGAAGAAAAGUCUAUUUUGCAGAAGUACUGGUGGGUUAUUCCAAUCCUCAUGUUCCUCAGCAUGUCCGCGGGCGGUGGCGGAGAAGGACAGUGA